AUGUCUGCGAAUCAUGGGACUACAAAGCCACGAAAGAGGCGGAUAUGCGGGGUGCCCGCAAUAUGGCUCUGGUCAAUUCUCGCUGCCAUCUUGAUCCUGGGGGUAUCGCUCGGCGUCGGACUAGGCGUCGGACUCCACCAGAACGACAGCGAUUCCGAGUCUUCGCACGAGGCAGGCGCAAACACUACGUAUAUGAUCGGCGGCGCGGUUAACCCACAGUACUAUUCGGAGGAGGGCGCAUUCAAUGGGUCUGGUAUUGCGCUUGCUUCGCAAUCUUUCUCCCGCCAGCUGGAAGAUGGCACGCAGGGCAAUCUUGUCAUGUAUUAUCAGCACUGGACAGGACAAAUAAGAUACAAACAACUCGCCAACGACGGAACAUGGAAAGGGGGGGAUAUCUCCGCGGUCGUUGCACAGGAUGCUAGAAACAGCACUCCUCUAUCAGCGGUAUCGUAUGUGCUUCACAACGAAAGCACGUGGCAUGUCUUUUACAUCGAUCAGAACGACACGAUCAAGCAGAGAUCCAACAGUAACGAGACGAAUGUCUGGACGGAUGGGGCGCUUAACAGCUUGAAUCUCAAAGCCCAUGAUGCGCAGCUGGUCGGCAUGCAAGCUUGCUAUUAUGGAAAUGAAUAUGGAGACUCCGACUACAUACACACUCCGUUGCCGAACGAGAGCGUAGAGGCAAACCGCAGCACCGAAGUUGGCAUGCACUUAUGGUAUGCAUCCAGUGAAACUACAUUUGAGCAGUACGGCUGGCGGGAUGGUGACACUUCUUGGGAGCAUCAGCUCACCUGGAACAACCUGAACGGCCAUGCAGGAGUCGGCUGCUACUCUUGGGGCCCAGGAACUGCCACGUAUGUGAUGUUUGUUAAUCUACAGCACAGCGUGGAAGUCUACUGGAAAGACACCAACACGAACCUGACAAACAGUACGAGUCAUCCGAUCAACGCGUGGACCAAGACCCCAAUAGCCAUUGACAACGUACACCCUGCAUCGAGUCUAGGGUACACCAACUACUUUUAUGCGCAAGACGAAGCUUCGUUACUGUUCAAUGGUUAUAAUAUAUCUUGGUCUGCAGAGAACAGCACAAUCUUGACGGAAGACACCUUCACAGUGCAGGGAGAGCCCGGUCUGCCUGGUACGCACCUGAGUGUGUCAGCGAUUCCUAACAACUCGGGUGGCAACAACGUGGUAGUCUUCUAUCAAACCAAUGGAUCCGACAUCAGCGAGUAUACCAGGGAUCUCUAUGCUGGGCAGUGGUCGGCGAUCGAUAUACCUUUGGUGAAGUAA